AUUACUCCCGCUUUGGUUCAAGUUUGGCUGCUGAGACUUSUGCUGCGUCGUUGCUGAUUCCCGGUGCGAAACAUUUGUGUUUAAUGCGARCAUGAGUGCUGCGGGGGGGACCCCGUAUAUUGGCAGUAAAAUAAGYCUGAUCUCCAUGGCUCAGAUCAGGUAUGAAGGAAUCCUGUCUUAUGUGGACACCGAGAGAUCUACUGUUGCUUUAGCUAAAGUAACCUCUUAUGGUACAGAGGACCGGCACACUGACAGACCAGUGCCGCCCAAAGAUGAAAUCUAUGAAUAUAUUAUCUUCAGAGGAAGUGACAUUAAAGAUAUUACGGUGUCUGAACCUCCCAAACCCCACCAUGGACUGCCUCGUGACCCUGCAAUUGUUCAGUCCUCCAUGGGCUCCUCUGUGCCAUACAACCCACGCUGGAGUACCUACAGAGACCUGAUGCCCACAUUUAACCAGCUUGCUGCCAGUUCUCUACUCAGCCAGCAGUACAACACAGCACUGGGUCUUGUGCCAGGGCUUCAUGGUCCAACCAUAAGAGCCCCCAUGGUGGAGCAGGCUGUCCAGACCGUGCCUUUGGUCACAGCUGCACAGAAGAAAGGAAAGCCUUUGACCCAGCCACAGAGCAGGCAGCCUACUCGCCCGUCACAGSGCUCUGCUCCGGAAGCYUCUCCAGCUGAGAAAGAAAACAUACMSACGAGUAAACAGACGAAGAUUACUGAAAUAAAAUUCACCUCAUUUAUUGGCAACAAUUUGAAAACCAUAAAUGCACUGCAACAGUCAAAUUUACAUUUUACAUUUAAUCUGGUUUCCUUUUGUUCAUAUAAAACAUGUGUUUAGGUCGGGCACCAUCUCAGCCAGCUGUUGCAAAGAUCCAAGGCAGAGGUGCGGACAACCAGAAAAUGAGACAAAAACAAGGAAACCGCAGGUCCAGGACCAGAAGCCGAGGCCARCUUCUUGCAAAAACCUCCAAGGCAACAACUUUAGAGUUUGAUUCAGAUUUUGACUUUGAAACGGCGAAUGCUCAGUUUAAAGAUGACCUGACAAAAGAGGCUGAAGGU